UAAUGAAUAAUAAUAGUAAAAGAAUAUAUUGUAAAAGUGACGUAUUAAUUAGCAUUUAUAUUAAUAUAGAGAAUUAUAAUAAAUAAUUCAUUCAAAUGAUUACAUAUUUGAUUUGUGCGUAUUAUGAAUGAUAAUAUCUAAUGAAUAGUGUGUAUGUAAGGGAAAACAGAAUUAAAAAUUAAUUAAAAUUAAUAUUUCUAAUGAAAGCAGCAUAUAUUGUAUCAGCAGCAAGAACACCAAUAGGUUGUUUUUUAGGGAAAUUGAGUAAAGUGAAAGCAACAGAAUUAGGAGCCACAGCAAUAAAAGGUGCAUUGUCUUAAGUUUAAAUCCCAUAAGAUGCUAUAGAUGAAGCUAUUUUAGGAAAUGUUUGUUCUGCUGGUCUUGGUUAAGUAUAAAUAUAUAAUUAUAUGUAUAGGCACCUGCUAGAUAAGCAGUGAUUAAAGCAGGAUUACCAUCAACAACACCAUGUACAACAAUAAAUAAGGUUUGUUCUUCUGGAAUGAAAUCAGUUACUUUUGGUGCAUAAAGCAUUUAAUUAGGAUUAUCUAAUAUAGUAUUAACAGGAGGAUUUGAAUCCAUGUCUAACAUUCCUCAUUAUAUUAAUGCAAGACAACCAUUGAAAUAUGGAGAUGGCAAAUUAUUAGAUGGAUUAGCUACAGAUGGUUUAUCUGAUGCUUAUAGUAAUGUUGCAAUGGGUGUUUGUGCAGAGAAGACAGUUAAUGAUCUUAAAUUAACAAGAUAAUUAUAAGAUGAUUUUACUAUUACUAGUUAUGAAAGAGCACUUGAAUCUAUUAAAACAGGUAGAUGGACACAUGAAAUUACACCUGUUUAAGUUUCAGAUAAAGAGGUUGUCACUGAAGAUGAAGAAGUUAAAAGAUAUUAAAAAGAAAAAAUACCACUUCUUAAACCAGUAUUUGCUAAAAAUGGAAGUGUUACUGCUGCUAAUUCAAGUAAAAUUAAUGAUGGUGCAUGUGCUAUCAUAUUAGCAUCUGAAGAAGCAUUAAAAAAAUAUAAAUUAACACCUCUUGCUAGAAUUGUUGCUUAUGCUGAUUCAGAACUUGAUCCUAUGGAUUUCUGUAUUGCACCUGCUAAAUCAUCUGCAAAAGCAUUAUCAAGAGCUGGGUACUUUUAUUAUCAUUAUAUUAUCUUAGACUUAAAUUAGCAAAUAUUGAUUAUCAUGAAAUUAAUGAAGCAUUUGCUGCUACUGUUUUAGCUAAUAUGAAAUUAUUAGAUUUACCAUUAGAAAGAGUCAAUGUUAAUGGUGGUGCUGUUGCUUUAGGUCAUCCUAUUGGUAUGAGUGGUGCUAGAAUCAUUCUAUCCUUACUCACUGUUCUUAAAUAAAAUCAAGGCAAAUUUGGAUUAGCUGGAAUCUGUAAUGGUGGUGGAGGUGCUACAUCAAUUAUCAUAGAAAACUUAAAUUGAGAUUUAUAAUCCAAUUAUAUAGUCUAUAAAU